AUGUCGCCCUCUGCCGAUUCCGGAGGCCUUACGGGAGCGUAUACAGGCGGUAGUAUUGCGCAGCUGUGCAUGUUUGCCGCCUUCAUCGCGGUCGCGUUCUACAACUCUCUGGAACUUCUCGUGCUUAUUUUUGCAACAUUCAAAAGAUACAGAGGGCGUUAUUUCUGGUGUUUACUUGUCGCCUCUUUCAGUAUUAUUCUACACGCCCUUGCUUUUCUCUUGAAAUUGUUCCACCUCUCUCGGAUCGGCUUUCUCAAUAUCGCCAUAGUGGAUGUGAGCUGGGUUGGAAUGGUUACAGGUCAAUCUAUGGUUCUAUGGUCGCGGCUUCACCUGGUCGCCCACAGCGAAAAGAUCCUACGGGCUGCUCUGUGGAUGAUUAUGAUCGACGCCAUCGUCCUUCAUAUCCCUACUUCGGUCCUCCAGUUCUGCACGAAUUCGCCAAACCCCCCUGCGCCCUUUGUCAAAGGAUAUGAUACCAUGGAGCGAAUACAGCUGAUCGUAUUCUGCGUGCAGGAGAUAAUAUUAUCAACGAUAUACAUUUGGGAAACCGUUAAAAUUUUCGCCCCGGCCGUCAUCGUCCUGGACGCAUCCGUCAUCGGCAUUCAAUAUGCGGGUUACUACGCAGUCCAAGUCACAAUCAAGCCGAUGGUUUACAGUAUUAAGCUGAAGUUGGAGUUCGCUAUCCUCGGAAAGUUGGUCAAGAUUGCCAAGGCCCCGCGCGCGGAUACACAGCCAUCUACGACAAGCACGACAAGGAUGGUAACCGAGUCCGUUGAUCAGCCUGGCCCUGUUAUUCGACAAGAUGUGGAAUUCUCACCCCUGGCACCGAUGGUCCAAACUUCCAUCACCAGCUGGUCAUAUCAACGAAUGGAAUCUUCAUCCUGA